AUGGCAAAAGUGUUAUCAAGACCGAACAGUGACUAUAAUGAAGCGCAAAAAGUCAACCAUCUCAGUCCGUACCUUUCGGACGAUAGUAUCGGUGAGCUGGAACAAUACGAACUUGAGGAUCACGUUUCUGAUAUUCCGCAAUCUUUCGCUCGACGCAAUCGAAGGGAUGCAGCCCUUUUUACACCCCCAAUAUGUCAAUAUGAAUCAGAUGAUACUGGCUGGGAUCAUGCCGAUAUGCUCAAUAUGCCUGAUAAGCAGAGCGGAUACACAGAUGAGUCAUCGCAAAGUGAUCAGUGCUCUAAAGAGUCCGAUGAAGAAAGUAAGCGACGAAAGGGUCUUAAAAAGUAUGCUAAGUUGAUAUUGCCGCAUGUGGGUCUCGUGUUGCUUACAUGUGCUUAUACAGUAAUUGGUGCCUUGGUUUUCUAUAGCGUUGAACAGCCACACGAAAUGGCCAGUAAACGUCGUCAGUUGGAUAUGAUCUAUAAACGUGAAGAUGAAUUUGUGAAUUCGCUAUUUACGUUGGCCAUGUUGAAUGAGACAAGACGUGAGGUAUGGACAGAGGUGGCACGUCAUCAUAUGCACAAUAUGAGUGACCAUUUAUUUAGCGCUUUCGAGAAAUUCUUUUUAACCUCAGCCGAAGUACGAGCGAAUGACACCAUUGAGAUUUGGUCAUUCUCGACGUCAAUAUUCUUCGCGGUCACUGUUGUUACAACCAUCGGUAUUAUUACUCUCCUUGAAAAUGUUUCAUUCCAUUUAACAUCUGUUGAUUAUAUUAUUCGUUAUGUAUCAUCAGAUGAUUACUUGUGGUUCUCAUACGGGGUAGAAUUACCGAUUUCAUUCCAUUUAACAUCUGUUGAUUAUAUUAUCCGUUAUGUAUCAUCAGAUAAUUACUUGUGGUUCUCAUACGGGGUGGAAUUACCGAUUUUGGGUAAUUUGGAGGUGUCAAGGGUUAAUGGAGGGGGUCGAGAAUUUAGUAUUUCGUGCAGCUGUUAUUUUAUGAGAGAAUGUCAUCGUAAGGGCUUUUUUAACUCGGAUAUGUGGUUAGUUGAUGGCAAUAUUCUCAUAUUUUCUGAGUAUUGUCAGCUCGUAAGGGCCUAA